CCACGCUCCGCCCCCUCGGGAGCCGGCCCUCAUGUCCCACCGCUCAACGGCCGCGGCGGCGCGCGCCUCACGCCCGCCCCCUCCAGGGCGGGAGCCCGGGAAUCACCCCUCCUAAGAUGGCGGCGCCGGGCCCACGCGGUGCGCGCUGAGGCGCGAGGGGGAAGCGGGGCGUUCGCUGGCGACAUGGCGGCGGCAGAGAGCAGGGAGGAGGGCGAGAGGCAAGAUGAAGCAGAGGAAGAGGAGGUGGAGGAGCAACUGGUCAUGGUGGAACUAUCAGGAAUUAUUGAUUCAGACUUCUUAGAAAAAUGUGAAAACAAAUGCAAGAUUUUGGGAAUAGAGACAGAGAGGCCCAUUUUACAAGUGGACAGAUACGUAUUUGCAGGAGAAUAUGAAGAUACCUUGGGAACCUGUGUGGUUUUUGAAGAAAACACAGAGCAUGUAGAUGCAGAAGGCAACCAAAAAGUACAGCUGAAAUACAAGUGUCAUACAAUGAAGAAGUUGAACAUGACACGGACACUUUUGACAGAGAAGAAGGAAGGAGAAGAGAAUGUUGGUGGAGUGGAGUGGUUACAGAUCAAGGACAGAGAUUUCUCCUACAGCAGGCCCAAUAUGAUUUGCAGCUUUCUGCGUGAAAAAGAAGAUUCUGAGGAGUCAGCUCAGGCCCAAGACAAAUUGACUGAGGAGUCGGAGGGAGAGGUGAGUGGCGGAGGAAACUCUGACGUGAACUGUGAUCUGGAGAAGCAGCACAGCCUGGAAAUAGACACCUCUCUUCCUCUGCCUGACAGCCCUGCUUCUGGGGCAGAGGAUUCUCCUGCUGGAAGUGUUGCCUUAGACGAUGCCCCUCCGUGAUACCAGCUCUGGUCUUGUCAGGAUUUCUUCAUGGAGUUAGUGGGCCAACUUCUAAAUGCCAACUUGUGUAGGCUGUGACAUGAAUUCCAAUUUAUCUGAGCAAUUAGUAGUGGGAAAAACGGGCGUUGUGUUCUUGUGCGUUGCUUUUAUGUUUGGAUUAUAGCGGGGAGGGCUUAUGCGUUUUUUAAAAAUGCUGACUGGAAAUGUGUAUAUAUCUACCUCAAAAUUGAAAAAGAGGAUAUGGUUACAUAACUUAAACACCUACCUUAGAAAAAUGUUGAUGUCUUGUACAGUCUCGGACGUUUUGUAAAAAGAAAAAAAUAAUCAUUGUUUAAAAUAAAGUGCUUAAUUUUUCAAGCAUA